UCUUAUCUUAUCCGGGGAGCGACAACAACUCGUUCCUGUAGUAAUCUACAUACUUUUGCUCGUCUUCGUACUCUCGUUUUUUUUAUCGCCUCCUCCUCCUACUCGGUCCACGGAUCAUGUGUCAUUGGGUCAACGGUAGCUGACUCAUGUGAUGUGUAUUUUUAUUACCCGUGUCGGACUACUCCGUCGCGGACAAUGUUUCGGUGUAGGGAACAAUAGUCGAUUGUGUUGUUACUUAGUGGCAGCGUGUCAGUGCUCGAUGAGACUUUGGCGGGGAGCAUGGCGCACUCGUCUUCCCCGGCUGCAACGGUUGUUCCCGUCGAGGGUCUCACCGGUCAGUUGGCCGGGGUCUGGUCGGGCUGGGAGGGCCUGGGCGACAGGGAGAUCGUCCGCGAGGCCUCGGCCAAGGGCCUGCACCUCAAACUCGCCCACAAGUUCCUCGAGAGGAGGCGGCACUGCUCCCACCAGGAGGCCAAGGAGUACUUUGCCAGCGAGGUCGACAUCUGGGUCUCCGGGCUGCUCAACAAAAAGAUGAUCCACAGGGCUUCCCACAUACUCAACAACGUGGGAAAAGUGCCAGCCGAUUACAUCAGGGCUACCUGCCUCAAGUGCAAGGAGCCCUCGCUGAGGGAUUACCUGGCCCAGCACGUGGAGUCGUCCCUCAACGACGAGGAGAGACAAGCCUGGCAACUGGUCAAGCUGCUCGCCAAACACGAGGAGAAACUCGGACUCCGAAACGAACUGAUAUCCCACAAGUGCCUCGAGGAGAUAAUACAAUUGCCACCGGGUGUCAGAGACGCGCUGUUUACGGAGUUGUAUUUUUAUACGCGCGAGCCAACUGCCGUCGCUUACCUAAAGACCGACGUUGUUUGGAGUUACUUGCUAACGAACAACAGACUCGACCUGAUCAAGCUCUGGAUCGAUGUUGCGUUUGGACGCGCAAUCGGUAACGCUUUCAACGACGGUGUUGGCGCGUUGUUCGAACAUUGGAAUAUAACCGACGAGAUGGUCGCCGCGGUGGAGUCGUCCCACGGGAUGCGCCAUGUCAACGACUUGGUUCUCGGUCACUUGUCCAGAUACGGCGUGUUCUCGGCCAAAGAGUGCAGCGACAGCAAACUGAUACUGGCCCGGCUUUUUGGGGAGUGCACGACUCGCUCGGACAUCACGGGAAUCCUGUCCAAGGCGUCGUGCAACGUCGACCGGGAGAAAUUUUUCUCCGAACUCGACGUCGUUGAGUUUUCGAGGAACUACGGCGAGGAUGCCGAGUCCCGGAAAAUGAACGCAAAGGCCAAGGGUCUGUACGAUUGUUUGACGGCCGUGUGCAGUGCCAACGGUGAUUACGAGGACUUCCUGGAGCUCGGGAUCGUCGAGACAGUCGGCUAUCUGUGCGACGACCCUGUGCGAUUUUUCGACCAGAACCCGAUCGUACUGUUUGCUCUGGUGUUUCUUCGCUACUUCAAGCUCAAGCGGUUGUCCAAGGACACCACCUUGGACGACGUUUUACGCAACGAGGAGGGUUUAGUGGUGAGGUCGCUGACCUUGUCGAGGGAAGUUUUGGAUUCCAUUGUGGUGCGUUUGCCGUAUCUGAAACUCGAGGUUGGCCGGAGGCUGCCGGAAAACGAGGUGUCGAUGUACCAACUUGUCGAUGGAUGCGGAAAGUUGAACGCGACGGUGUUUUUCAAGUGGAGGUCGAAGAACGCGGCGAUGCCGACGUUUCAGAGCGAGCAUUUGGUCAAAAAGUUCGGGCACAGGGAAAAACUGAGCUACGUCAAUUUCUUGAAGGAGGCGCGUCCCGGUAUGGCGGCCAGUGUUUUCUACCACGAUCAGGAGAAGUUGUUUGGCAGUGUGUCGUCGAAAGCAAAAUCUCGGGCCUCCCUUUGCGCGCACGUUUUCGCGCUGCGCCACUCGAAAAAUCUGGAAAUUGUCAGUGGCUGCGUGUCGUUUUUAGAAAUCCUCGGAGUCAAUUCGGAAAACUUGAGGCUUCACGUCACGGUCGCGCAAAUCGUAGAAAACCACUUGGGCGUGUGCAUAGAAAAGUUGCUGGAAUCCAUAGUUUACAACAACGAGAAAGACUUGAGGCUGGUGCUGAGUUACUUGGAACGAAGUUUUGAUUCUCACUUGAACGCAGAAACGAUCGAAGAUAAGGACCGAUUUUUCCAAGCGCUGCGCACGUGGGACUUGGUCGUGCGAUUCGCCGGGGCCCACAACACCUCGUUGCCAACGUCCCUCUUGAAAUUCCUGGCUCGCCACGACUGCUGGUUCGAGUUUGUACUUGUUGGUCAAAUUUUUGCAUACCCUGCCCAUCAGAUGAUAGACUGCGCCCAGUUCUUUGAUAACGCUAGCUUGAGGGAGCACUUGUUGCUAGCGUUGAGCAAUUCUCGGCUGGGGAAUUCAUCGAGCGAAUGUCAAAACUCGAGGGAAGAUAAGGUUCUAAAAAAAGCCGCUCGACCAACUCUAUCGAACGAAAUCAGCGGAGAACGCGGUCGUUUAUCACGGCCAAGUCUGCCGCAGCUCUUUGACCCAUCCACGAAGCAGAGCGGCACAACAAACCCAAGUCUGAUUACUGACGACUCCGCUCUUGCCGACGAUCUCUGGCUUGUCAUCCUCAAGUGCCACGACAGCCCGGAUCCUCCGGGUGCACUGCUCAAAGCCUCGCAGACUUACAAAUCCCCGAUUCUCACUGUACUGGCUACUUUUUACGAGCCAUCGUCCAUAUCCUCGUACUGCUACUCUUGGCUCGUCGUGUCCGUCGAGAGCGCGGACUUUGCGAGGCAGUACAACGAAUGCCUCGACAACCAGAUUUGGACGGCCAGCGAGGUAUCGAGUCUGUUUCUCGGUAUGGUGUCGCGAGGGUCCGUCGGCGCGCUCCACCGAGGCUUUCAGAUUUUUUUGCCGGAGAAUCCCUUGAGGCUGUUUUUCCAAUUUCUCGAGCAGUGCCUGGAGUACGGCCAUUUUAGGGAUUUCACCUGCUUGACCGACUUUGCGACAGCUUGCUCCAACUACAAAUGCAACAGGCUGAUAAACUGGGAGUGCAGCGACGCGACGUACCUGGAAAACGCUUGCUGGAUCCAGACGAUCGCGGUGAAAUGCAUCCUCGCUGCCCUGGACGGUGCCUCGCGGAGCACGCGCGCGCAGAUGGAGCUUCUUGGUGCUCUGAUAGAGUGCCAUUUUCGCGACAAGCUCAUAGUGGAUUCCCCGGAUUUCGAGUCUCUGCUCGAGUACACGAGGAUACUGUCGGAGACGAGGGUGAGGUUGAACUACCACUGCUUCGACACGACCGAUAAGGUAAACGAGUCCGAAGUGGAGGUAGAAAAGUGCGCGAACGAGCUGAUCGACGCGGAGGACUACGGCAGCGCUCUGGAGCUGUCCAAAGCAGCUGGUUUGAGAACGUCCAAGAUCAUACUAGCCCAAUAUCGCGGCGAGUUCAAGCGCCAGGCUGACAGAGACGGCGCGGUGGAUCCCCGAUUUUGGAGCCAAUGUUCGGGGGACUUUGUAAAGUACGAGGUCUGCCGGGAGAGGGCCGUCGAGUUUUUCGUCGAGCACGCGGAGAAGGCCAAGUCGCACAGGGAGAGGUACGAGAUCCUGAGGCUGGCCUUCGAGCUGCUCGAGGCUAACCCUCGGGAGCGCAGGAGCCGCGACACCGUGGAAAUGGCCAUGUGGAAGUCGUGCAUCCUCGCGGGGCCGGAGAACAUCGAGAUAACGGCACGGACGGGCGUUUUUGGCAAUCUCAGGACCGAAUUGCUGUCGAGCAUUGGCAAGCUGCGGGCCACUUGCUCGCUCACCGAACCCCAAGAGAAGCUCGCGGUCGAGGCUCUGAUCGAACGGCUGUUGGACGCUGGCAGGUUGGAAACGGCACUCCGCAUCGGUGCCAUAUUCAAUUGCAGGAACAGGGAACUCCAAGUCCUGAUGCUGUGCUUGAGCCUGGCCGAGGGUGAAAUAUCGCCCUAUCAUCUGACGAGCCAACAGAGGUCACUGAUUACGGAACCAAACGGACAUCCAAGGCAGAAGAACAACACGCUGCGAAGCAUAGGCAGACUUCCGCGCAUGCCGUCGUCGUCUUCGCUGAGCUUGUCUUCGUCCACGAACUUGUCCAAGGUGGCGAGCGCAGCGCUCGUCAUGGAACAGCAAGAACAACUGGACUGCCUGGCUCUUCUGACCAACUUGGUGGCAACGCUGAACCACGGCGUCGACAUAGGGAUAAGAAUACUCCUGUGUUACCGGCUGGCCCUGCAACUGGGCAAACGGUACCACGUGCUGCUGACGCUGAGCAAUCCGAUGCAGCUGCUCCGCGAAACCGUCAGCGGACCGUCCGACAGGCGGCUCGAGAUCGCUCGGGACAUCAUUACCGCCUACCAGAUCGAGAACGAGAGCAUAGCCAACUUCCUCUCCGAAGAGAUAGUUGCUCACAUCACGCAAGUUAUCGAGGACAACCUGAACGAGCCGACGAACGCUUGGAACUACAACAUGAACCUGCAGUCCGUGAUAGAACUGUGCAAGGACACGUCCCUGUUGGGGCUGAAACUACUCGGCAUGGCCCACAAGCUGCUGGGCAACUCCAACGGGGAGAAGAGAAAUCUUGUGACUCUGAAAAUCAUAGUCGAGCUCUUGAUUCGGUCCCACGACUGCUUCACCGCGGCCUGCAACAUGGAAGGCAUCGCCUCGGUCCUGAGAAAGUGCCAGCAGCUCGCCCACUCCCUGCAAAACUUGAAACACUGGAGCUUGCUCGUACGCCUCGUUACGGGGGUAGGCCGGUUCACGGAGAUGAAUUACAUCUUUCAGAUACUCAAGGAGCACGACCACUUUGAAUUCCUACUCGGCAGGGGAUUGGUCAACGUGCCCGGGUUGAGAAUGGCGCUGCUGGAUUUUCUCAAACGAAACUGCCCGGACAACAAGGACCUGUUCAACAUCGUGGCCCUGCACUUCCGGUUGUACAACGAGAUAGCCCUCACGUGGGAAAACGAGGCGAAAGGCGUGAUAAGCGAUCUCGUGAAGGAAGCCAAAAGGGAGUGUGGCAGAAACGCUUCCAACCCACGGGUGGAAAUUAAGCUCGUGAGAAACGACGCGACGGACAAGAAGCUACAACUGGCGAUCACGAAUCUGACGCACGCCACCCAGUAUUUCCUUCAGGACAACAAGUUGAAUUUGGCCAGCCGGUGUUCCCACCAGGCGCAGCUGGUGGCCCUGCAGAUUUCCCUGUUGAUGGGAGUCCAUCCGAGCCAGCACUUCCCGUGUCUGUUGAAUCUCACCUGCGACGAGGUCAACAGGGCGAUAUGCCGCUACCUGAACUUCACCCAGGCGCUUAUAAUAGCUCGCGCGUACAACGUCCACGUGGACUGGGCGAGUGCCAUUUACUCGCACUAUCUGCUCAGCAACGAGACCAAGUACUUUCGGGACUUUGUCACGUCGAAGCUCCUCACAGCGUCGGUGGCGGUGGAUUGCGCUCGUAAGUUCAGGCUCGAGAAGAGCAUCACGCUCGUCAUGGCCGAAAACAUGCGGGCCCUCGUCGACAAGCUCGGCGACGUCGAGUGCAAGUACGUCCUGGCCAGCCAGUUGGGCUUUAGGUCGAUCGUCGAGCAGAUGUUGGACGAUCCGGCUGUCGAAGCUUACCUCAAGGACACCGUGUUCAAGAGGGGCUUUGUCGCCUCGGAGUUUGUUGGAUAACCCUUGGCCGGCCGUUUUUUUUUGUUUUUUUUACCCUGUCACGUGUGUAUACAAGUUUAUUUUUUAUUUUUGUUUUUUCACGCAGAAUAUUGUCACCGCGUGUACUCAAUUACCUUGCGUCGUUCAUUUGGAUUCCUAUGUAACUUGUUAUCAUUGGCACAGUUUUUUAUACCCGUUGUACACUUUAUAUAUAGUUUAUGUAUCUCUCGAUCAAACGUCGUCUCGGUGCAAUAUAUAUUGUAUAUGUAUAUACAUAUGAGUGAUCGGCCAAUUACAUGUGAUUAGUAUAAGGAUAAGUAACUGUAUAAGAAUGAGUAAUUGUCUAUACCAUUCGUUUUCUAUUGAAGGAAAUUGCGACAAAUAGAGCGAUCAAAUCGAUUGACUGCCGAGUCGAAUGUUGUAUAAUACUCUGAACUGCGUGUAUUGUAUACAUACAUAACGUAUUAUUGCGCGAAUUAAUAUGAUAUAGCGUCUAAGAAAAGAGUACGGAAUCGAUGGAAGUGUUAUUUCGAGCCCAUUGAUUAACAAUUAGUUUUUGAGAACUUUAUUGUUCGUGUACUGUUGAAGGGAAAUAAAAAUUUAUUAAACUAUUU